AAUCAUAAUUAAAAAAAUUAUAAAAAAUUUGUUAAAUUCAAAACAAUAGAUCAAUAUCAUAUAUCUAAACUAUUUAGCUAGACAAAAGCAAACAAGAUACCAUUUAUAAUACUUUGUUAACAAGCGCGUAUAAGCUACAAAACAUUUCAAGGUUUGUGUUUUAGACUCUAAAUCAUAUACUUUUUGCAGCAGCCAUCAAUAUUAUUUCCUGUAUUAUUAAGAUUCACAUACCAAUAUUAUAAGAUUAUAAGAAUAUCCAACACAGAUUAUACAAAAAUGAUGUAAGAAAAUAUGUUCAUAGAUGAAAAUGAUGUCUAGGCUCUCAAGUCAGGAUAUGAAAUCGACAUGAUGAUCUAAUACUCCAUAGAAAAUCCUUAAAUGUCAUUUUAAGAAAUAUAAUCGAUUUUUGAAGAAACGAGCAAAAAAAAUACAUAUUCACUAGAUGAUUCGUUUUUCAAGACAAAAAAUGGGUCUUAAGUAGACCAAGACUAAUCCUAGAAAGAAAUUUUAAUUCAAAAUGAUGAAAUUAAACAAAUUAUUGAAGUUCAAAAGAUGAAACAAAAAAAAAUAAAUGUACUAAAGAACAUAAUCAAUGCUUUUUCUUCAUUUCUACUUAGAUUUGAAAAGAAAAAAAUGAAAGUUGGCAGAUAAAACAAAAAACUAAUGAAUCUAAAGUAAAAUUAGAAUGAAAUCAAAUACUUCUUGGAAGAUAGUGAAGCUAUAGGUGAGCAGUAGCAAUAAACAUUCUAAGAUAAAUAAGAACCGGUAACUUAAGAAUAGAAAAAUCGUUAAGUCAAAUAGGAGUUGCUUAUAAAAAAAGAAACUAGCCCUUUACAUGAAAAAGAUGAUGUAAGAAAAGAGGAUAAUUAAUAAUCCAUAAUCUUAGAUGCUUGUGAAGAAGAAAAUUUGCAAUAAUAACAAAGUUAGUAAAAGAAAAUAAUAUCUAAUUAACUUAAUUCUGAUAAUUAAAAAAUUUGCUUUCUGAAUUAGAGCUAGUUUGAUAGCCCUAAUUAUAAAACUAAAUUGGAUGAUGCAAAAGCAACGGAAAUUUACUUCAAGCAAUCUACUUUUUAAAAUUUAAACAGUAAUGAAAAGAUAAUAGAUAAAAAUUCUAAAGAUAAGAAAUAGGAACUUUUCUAUAAUAGCUAAGAUAACUUUAAACCUCAAAUAAAAUUAUUGCCAAGUCAAAAAAUAAUGUAAAAUUAAACAGAUUUGGCAAUUGAAAACUAAGGUAAUUAUAAUUUAAAUUAUAUCUAAAAUUAGGGCAAAAAUUGUUUGUCAGCCAAAGAAGAAAGCAACUUUUUAUUAUAUAAUUAUCAAGAAUCUAAUAUCAAUCAAAAUGAGAACGAAAGUGCAAAUUGGCCUGGAGCAUUAAUAAAUAACUUUCAUCAAGAAACUUAAUAAAAUAAAUAAUAUUAGGAUUUCAGAAUUGCAAAGGAAUGCGUAGAUUUUUAAUAAAAUAAUUUAAUAAAUUCUGAAUCUUUUUUAUCAUCUGAAAAGACAUUGAGAUAGAUUGAGACUUCUUCCAGGCAACUUCCUACUCGUUCAAGCAUUGAGGAAACUAUUGCAGAUAUUUAUAAUAAAUUUACUAAUUUCUAAAAAAAAUAAAACCUCAAUACUAAAUCUUGCAUGCAAAACGUUCUCAGUAGCUUUAAAAGAUUUAUGAAGGAUAAAAUAAUUAAUAAAUCUAACUUAACUAAGCUACUCAACUAAAAAGUAUACAACAAGCUCUUAGAGUAUUAUCUCAUAUACUUCUCUGGCAUAUGGCUUGAGUCUUGCUUAGUAUAAGAUAAAAUAAUUCAUCAAAUCGUAAUAAAGUUUUUACUUAAAUGCUGCUACAGCCCAAGUUUGAUUAAUAUGUUUUAUGCUAGUAAAGAAGAUUGA